CCUCGGCAACCUCGGCGCCCGGCGUUGGCUUCACAGUGUUUGUAGGCCUAGGGGUGAGGGUCUGCGGAAGGUAGAACCUGCUGCGGCCCCGCCCGUCCUCCCGCCGCUGAGUCCUCAGGCUCCUGCCGCCCUGCCUUGCCCUGCCUUGCCCAGCCGCUGGGGCGGGCCGCCGGGCGGGCUUCUCCGGUGCGGCUGCCCGUGCUUCUGACUGACAGGCACGGUUCCUACAGCCCGCGCAGCCCGCCACGUCCCCGCUCUCGGCCGACGGCACAGCGAGGCGGGUGACCUUUCUGAGCCCAGCGCGAUGAAGGCUACCUGCUCCCGGCUGGCGCGGCUUCCUCGGCGCCGCUGGCGACGGCUUGUGCCGUUCCCGCCGCCGCUUCCACUACUAUUGCUGCUGCUGCUGCUGGCGGCCGCGGGGCCGGCACACGGCUGGGAGAGCGGAGACCUGGAGUUAUUUGACUUGGUGGAGGAGGUGCAGCUCAACUUCUACCAGUUCCUCGGAGUGGAGCAGGAUGCUUCAUCUGCGGACAUUAGAAAAGCAUAUCGUAAGCUUUCACUGACUUUGCAUCCAGACAAGAAUAAAGAUGAAAAUGCAGAAACUCAGUUUAGACAAUUGGUGGCCAUUUAUGAAGUUUUAAAGGAUGAUGAACGAAGGCAGAGGUAUGAUGAUAUUCUGAUCAAUGGACUUCCAGAUUGGCGACAGCCUGUAUUCUACUACAGGCGGGUGAGAAAAAUGAGCAAUGCUGAGCUGGCAUUACUUCUGUUCAUUAUUCUCACAGUGGGUCAUUAUGCUGUGGUUUGGUCAAUCUACCUGGAAAAACAACUGGAUGAACUGCUUAGUAGAAAAAAGAGAGAAAAGAGAAAAAAGACAGGCGGCAAGAGUGUGGAUGUAUCAAAACUUGGCGCUUCAGAAAAAAAUGAAAGAUUACUGAUGAAACCACAGUGGCAUGAUUUGCUUCCAUGCAAGGUGGGAAUUUGGUUUUGCCUUACACUAAAAGCAUUGCCUCAUCUCAUCCAGGAUGCUGGGGAGUUUUAUGCUAAAUAUAAAGAAACAAGAUUGAAGAAAAAGGAAGACGCACUGAGUAGAGCUGAACUUGAAACACUUCAAAAACAGAAGAAAGUUAAAGUAAAAAAACCAAAACCUGAAUUUCCUGUAUAUACGCCUUUAGAAAGUGCAUAUAUUCAAUCUUAUGAUCAUGGAACGUCUAUAGAAGAAAUUGAGGAACAAAUGGAUGAUUGGCUGGAAAACAGAAACAAAACACAGAAAAAACAGGCACCUGAAUGGACAGAAGAGGACCUCAGCCAGCUGACAAGAAGUAUGGUGAAGUUCCCAGGAGGGACCCCAGGUCGAUGGGAAAAGAUUGCCCACGAAUUGGGUCGAUCGGUGACAGAUGUGACAACCAAAGCCAAGCAACUGAAGGAUUCUGUUACCUGCUCCCCAGGAAUGGUCAGGCUGUCCGAACUCAAAGCCACAGCCCAGAAUCCGCGGCCCGCCAAGGCCCCCGCGGCCUUGCCGGAUGACAUCAUCACGCAGCGAGAGGACGAGCGGGAGGCCGAGGAGGACACCGGGGAGGACACCCGGGAGGACGCCGAGGAGCCCGGGGGCCCGGAGAGCCGGCCGCGGAGGCGGAGGCCGGCCAGGCCGCCUGUGGCGGCGACAAAGGCGGAGCCGGAAGAGACGUUCAGAGGAAAGAGGCAGAAGGACUUCGAGGUUUCGGAACAAAGCGGAUCUAGCGACGAGGAGAGCCACAAGAAAGAGCGAACCCGUGCUGCCGAGGAGCCGUGGACUCAGAGUCAACAGAAACUUCUGGAAUUAGCAUUACAGCAGUACCCAAAGGGAGCCUCUGACCGCUGGGACAAAAUAGCCAAAUGUGUCCCGUCUAAGAAUAAGGAAGACUGUAUCGCUAGAUACAAGUUGCUGGUUGAACUGGUCCAAAAGAAAAAACAAGCUAAAAGCUGAAUAUUCUGGAAGAUGAUGUUCACCUUCAUUUUCCAAAAUGAUUAUUUUAAAAGUCUUAUGCAGAAAUUUGCAUUUUGUACCUCAAUCUUUCUAUACAUCAUGUGCCUUAGUAAAAAAAAAAAAAUUAAAAAAAAUUUUAAAACGUU